GUCUGAACCCCGCCGCUCCCGGGAGCGGGGGCCGGUGAGCGGGGCGCCCACGGGGAAGACAGCCUGCGGGUGCGCGCGCGCGCUCCGAAACUUUUCCUUUGCCAGAGGCCCGGGGAGGCGCGGGGUGCUCCCCGCCCGCCAGCGCGCUGUCGCGGCCCCGAAACUUGUGCGCGCAGCCCAAAGUAAGCCCACGUGAAGUGACGGACUGUUCUAUGAGUGCAAAGAUGGAAACGACCUUCUACGACGAUGCCCUCAACGCCUCGUUCCUGCAGACCGAGAGCGGCGCCUACGGCUACAGUAACCCCAAGAUCCUGAAACAGAGCAUGACCCUGAACCUGGCCGACCCGGUGGGCAGCCUGAAGCCGCACCUCCGCGCCAAGAACUCGGACCUCCUCACCUCUCCCGACGUGGGGCUGCUCAAGCUGGCGUCGCCCGAGCUGGAGCGCCUCAUCAUCCAGUCCAGCAACGGGCACAUCACCACCACGCCGACGCCCACCCAGUUCCUGUGCCCCAAGAACGUGACCGACGAGCAGGAGGGCUUCGCCGAGGGCUUCGUGCGCGCCCUGGCCGAGCUGCACAGCCAGAACACGCUGCCCAGCGUCACGUCCGCGGCGCAGCCGGUCAGCGGGGCGGGCAUGGUGGCUCCGGCCGUGGCCUCGGUGGCGGGCGGCGGCGGCAGCGGCGGCUUCAGCGCCGGCCUGCACAGCGAGCCGCCGGUCUACGCCAACCUCAGCAACUUCAACCCGAGCGCGCUGAGCAGCGGCGGCGGGGCGCCCUCCUACGGCGCGGCCGGCCUGGCCUUUCCCGCGCAGCCCCAGCAGCAGCAGCCGCCGCCGCCGCCGCAGCCGCAGCCGCCGCACCACCUGCCCCAGCAGAUCCCCGUGCAGCACCCGCGGCUGCAGGCGCUCAAGGAGGAGCCGCAGACCGUGCCCGAGAUGCCCGGCGAGACGCCGCCCCUGUCCCCCAUCGACAUGGAGUCCCAGGAGCGGAUCAAGGCGGAGAGGAAGCGCAUGAGGAACCGCAUCGCCGCCUCCAAGUGCCGGAAAAGGAAGCUGGAGAGGAUCGCCCGGCUGGAGGAAAAAGUGAAAACCUUGAAAGCGCAGAACUCGGAGCUGGCGUCCACGGCCAACAUGCUCAGGGAACAGGUGGCACAGCUGAAACAGAAAGUCAUGAACCACGUGAACAGCGGGUGCCAACUCAUGCUAACGCAGCAGUUGCAAACGUUCUGAGGACAGACUGUCGAGGGCUGAGGGGCGACGAAGAAAAAGAAAACAAAACCAACAGAGAGACAGUCUUGCGAACUUGACCGGUUGCGACAGCGAGAAAAAUAAAAAUAAAAAAGACGCGUCCGAGGACUAAAGGCCAAGGGUAUCCAAGCCGGGCUGGGUUGCGUCCUGACGGCGCCCCCAGUGUGCACGAGUGGGAAGGACUUGGCGCGCGCUCCCCUUGGCGCGGAGCCAGGGAGCGGCCGCCUGCGGGCGGCCCCGCUCGGCGGACGGGCUGUCCCCGCGCCAUCACGACGGUAGACUUUUCUUUAACAUUGACCAAGAACUGCAUGGACCUAACAUUCGAUCUCAUUCAGUAUUAAAGGGGGGGGAGGGGCGGGGUGACAAACUG